UCAGCUCCCUGCUGCUGCUUCCAGGGAAUAACCGGAGCGUUUUUAGUGACAGACGGAGCUGCAGGACCACGAACAGUGCAGAAAUGACUCAGCUUUAUCAACUCCUGUCUCUAACAGGCCUUUUCGUCCUGAUCUCUUCUACUUUUGGUGAAGAAUCAAACGUGCCGUACCCGGUGACCUGUGUGACCCGUGGGGCCGACCUGGUGGAGGACGGUCUGGUGGUUUUGUGUCCUCCUGGUUGUACCCAGUGGAGAGUGUCCGUGUUUGGAACUGUGAUCUACGCCGCCGUCUCCUCCGUCUGUGGCGCCGCCGUCCACAGGGGGGUCCUGGGUCCCUCCGGUGGUCCCGUCAGGGUCCACAAACUUCACGGACGUUACAACUACCGGAGCUCCUACUCCAACGGCAUCCAAUCCCAGGGCCUGACCCAGUGGACCGCCUCCUUCAGCGUCACCAAACCAGUGAGCUCUCCUCUGGAGCUGACCAGUGAAACCAGUACCACUGCUCUGCCUCCGGCUGAACAACCAGCAAAGAAGCCGCUGAAGAAGCCAUCAGUGAAGAAAGCUCUGACAGGAGGAAAUAAAGACUGUCAGAUGGACAUUGCCGUGGUGAUCGACAGCAGCAACAACAUCGGGCAGCGGCGCUUCAACCUGCAGAAAAACUUUGUCACUAAACUGGCGGCCAUGUUGAGAGUUGGGCCGAUGGGACCACAUGUAGGACUGGUCCAGGCCAGUGAUUCUCCGAGGACAGAGUUCUUACUGACCAACUACACUCAGCCUAAAGAGCUGCUGUUCGCCAUAAAGGAGGUGGCGUACCUGGGAGGAGACACCAACACAGGUAAAGCCAUCAUGCACACAGCAGAGUCCUUCUUCACCCAGGAGAACGGAGGGAGGCGGGGCCACCCUCGGGUCAUGAUGGUGCUGAUCGACGGUUGGCCCUCUGACGACCUGGAGCAGGCGGCCAUGUUGGCGAGAGAGUCGGGCAUCAACGUGUUCCUGGUGUCUGUGGCCAAACCGGCUCCUGAGGAGCUCAGCAUGGUGCGGGACAAGGAGUUCAUGAAGAAGGCCGUGUGUAAAGACAACGGUUUCUUCAGUUACCUGAUCUCCAGCUGGUUCAGCACCACCAAGCACGUCAAACCUCUGACUCAGAGGAUCUGCUCUCUGGACGGCCUGCUCUGCAGUAAAACCUGCUACAACUCCGUGAACAUCGGCUUCCUCAUCGAUGGGUCCUCCAGCGUUGGAGACGGAAACUUCCGGCUGGUUCUGGACUUCCUGGCAGGAAUCGCCCGGAGCUUUGACAUCUCUGACGUUGGCGCUCGAAUCGGUGCGGUUCAGUUCACCUACGACCAGAGGAUGGAGUUCGGCCUGUACGACCACCACACCAAAGACGACGCCAUCAACGCUCUGAGGAGUAUCCCGUACAUGAGCGGAGGAACGGCCACCGGAGCCGCCAUCACCUACGCCACGCAGAACCUGUUCAGGCGGGCGGGACCGGGACGCAACUUCCUCAUCGUGGUGACAGACGGCCAAUCAUACGAUGACGUCACUCGUCCGGCGAUGGCUGCUCACAAACAGAGUAUCACCAUUUUCUCAGUGGGCGUGGCCUGGGCGCCCCAGGAUGACCUCAGGUUGAUGUCAUCAGAGCCUAAAGAAAGCCACACCUUCUUCACUCGGGAGUUCACCGGACUGGGAGAGUUCAUCCCACAACUGGUCCGAGGGAUCUGCAGAGACUUCACGGAGAAUAACUGAGGAAAUACACACACACACACACACAACAGCACACACUCACUAAUCUAAACUCUAAAAAGACUCCAGUAAAACCGCCCUUAUCUGAGCUUAGAUCAGGUUUAACUCCUCUUUUACCGGGGCCUGGUUGUAAUGCAGACUUCUACCAGUAGGUGGCUGUAGCGCUUUAGAAUUUGGAAAAUGACAUUAAAGAAGAAGAAAACAGAAACAUUCACAGAUACAGCAGAGAAACUCAAACAGAAACUCAUUUUAUCUCUGAGUAUCGAUUUUUAUGUUAUUUAAAAGUAGCCCUAGAGCCAGAGUCGGUUUUCUUGUUUUUAAUUUUGUGUUUUCAACAAAACUUCCUAAAAGAGUCGAAACUGCACAGAAAAUGACGAUGCUGCAAAAACGGAAUCAAAACCAAACAGGUGUAUUUGUCAAAUUUUCUAUCAAAAUUUGGAUUUUGAAUAAUUCAAGUCCAUAAUUAGUGCAUACAUUUAAAAUAGUGAUAAACUGCACGUUUCAUCUCCCCUUAGAGCUGACUUUGGUUAACCCCUGUGCCCUCCUCAGGCAUUUUUGCCCAUUUUUCUCAACUUUUUUAAUUUGUGAUCAUUUUGUCAGUUUUACAGCUCAUAGCAUGAAUUUUUACAG